GUUUUUGACGGAAAUCUUUGCAAAACUUACCAAAAUUGGCAAUAAUGCAUGUCUUGAUAUUUAUGAAGUUUUGACGCAAUAGAUUUUGACAGCAGGCAUUGCAAAUUUGCAACAUUUCAUAUUGCUUGCAUUCCCUUCAUUUACAUUGUUUUAAUAAACUAUUUGCCACAAUAUCGAACUAAGAAAAACAGCAAGGAAAAGCAGAAAAUGGAAAAUUCAGAAGAAAAAAUUAUGACAAGAAAACAAACGCAAUUGCUAGUUACAGAAAGACUAGCAUUUGAAAAUGAAUUUCAAUCAGGUAAAACAAAAAAAACAUUACUGUGGAAUCAAGUACUGGAAAAGAUUUUAGAAAAGGAUCCUAGUUUUUCAUUUUCAAAAAAUGAUAUGAUUGUAAAAUAUACAAAUUGUUAUACAACAUACAAAAGAAUAAAGAAAAGAUACCGGGAAACUGGAAAAGGUUCCACAACUUGGGAAUUCUUUGAUGAAUUUGAUGAAGUAUUUGGACGAACUGUUUCUGCAGAUCCGUUUUCAGAAAAUUUAUUUUUAAGUAUGGAUGAAAUCAGUAAUGAUAACGAAUCAAAUUUGAAUAUUGUUUCUACUGUGAAAACCGAAAAUUAUAAUAUUUAUGAAAAUGAUUAUGGCGAUACUGAAACUCCUUCACCUAUCAAGAGAGAAAGCCGUCCAAGGAAAAGAAAAUUUAAAGAUAUAAUAGAUGCUUUAAAAGAUGAAGUUAUACAAGCUGAUAGGCAUCAUAAAGAUUUAUUAAUUAUAGAAAAAGAAAAAAUUAAAAUAUUGCGUGGAAUCAAAGAUUUAAUGGAAAAAUUUUUACAUUAAGUAGAAAACUUGAUUUAUUUUGAUUAAUAAAUAUUAGAUAGGAAACAAGAUUAAUUAUUAAAAA